CUUCAUAUGUUCAGCUCGUUUUAAAAGAGAACAAAGGAUCAUUAUGCUGAGGUCUCUUCUCAUAUUGAUAUUGGCUAGUGCUUUAGAUGCCUGCUCCCAAUCUUGGGAUCUGAUAGAGCCCACCCUUUCAGUUACACAUGCAGCUGUGUCUCCUGGGGAAAAUAUUCAGUUCAAUUGUACAACUAAUCCAAGAUGCUGUAAAGAUGCUGAAUUCUACCUGUACCAAAACAAAUCAUCCAUAAUAUCCUCCCAAAGAAAUGUUUCUGGAGUGACUUUUCAACUGACAGUAGACAUCUCACAUCAGGGCCAGUACAGCUGUGGUUAUUCUUACAGCAAUAACACUGUAAGAGUCAAUUCUUCCAUAAGUAAAGCUAUUGAAAUCAUUGUGGUGAACCUGCAGCAGCCCAACAUUUCUCUCUGGGAUCCUAAAGGAGGGUUUGACUUGGGUUCAGUGGUCACCAGAGGUCACAGCUUCACCAUUACCUGCUUCUCUGAACCUCAAUAUCCCGGAGGCUUCUUCUACCUGUUCAAUGGAUCAAACAUUGUCAAUCAGUCAAUUAUUCAAUUAGACGUCAAAUACUCUGCACACUUCUCUGUUUCUGAGGCAGAUUAUUCACAUCAUGGAAACUACAGUUGUGAAUAUGAAGUGAAUGUGUCCGCAAGUACCUUCAAAUCCGCUUCUUCUGACCAACUGCUCAUCACUGUCACAGCUUCCUUGCAUCCUGUCAUCAGUGCUUUGGUAUCAGCUGUACUUCUCUUAUUCGCUGCUCUUAUAAUAACUUUACUCAAAAGGAGACAGAACAAGAUGCGCAAGGUGCACUUUUCACAAGUACACCAGGGUGCAGUUAAUAUGCAUCUAAACAUAAUAGAUGAAGCCGAUGAUGAGGAUGACUAUGUGAACGUUAAACACGAUGAUGAGGAAGACUAUGUGAACGUUGUUGAAUUGGAUGUGUCCUCAGAUGAAUCGGAGAGUGAUUACGUUAAUGUGAAUGCACAAAAUAACAGUUGACUAUGCUCAAAAUAGAUCUUAAAGGGAUAGUCCACCCAAAAAAAGAAAAUUCUGUCAUAAUUUACUCACCCUUUUUAUCAUUUCAAACCUGAAUGAUUUUUGCUUCUGCAGAACACAACAACAAAAAAAGAUAUUUUGAAGAAUGUUGGUAACCAAACAAUGGUGGUAACCAUUGACUUGUAUUGGAUGGACACAAAAUAACUGAGAUGUCAAUAGGUAGGCCUACCAAUGUUUAUUGGUACCAAUUUUUUUUUUAAAUAUCUUCUUUUGUGUUGUGCAGAAGAAAGUCAUUCAGGUUUGAAAUGACAAAAGGGUGAGUAAAUGAUGACAGAAAAUUAAUUUCUGAGUGAACUAUCCCUUUGUUUGUUUGUUUGUUUAUUUUAUUUCUAUAGCACAUUUCAAAACAACCACAGGUUGACCAAAGUGCUGUACAUACCAAAUAAAAAAACAGAAACACAGAAUAACAGAUCCUUGCAAAAGGAUUAUAAUAUAUAAAACUUUCUAUAAAAAUACAUUACAUACAUAAAUAAUGAAACAAGAGCAAGGCAUCACAGUUUUAGCUAGUCGCAAUUUGAUCCAAUAAGUACGACUUCAACAGGGAUUUAAAAUUAGACAGAGAAGAUGCUGUAGACAGAGAAGAUUGCUGCACAAUCGGAAGGUUGUGUCAUAACAUAGGGCCGGCGAUGGCAAACGCCCGGUCACCCUGGAAUUUGAGUCUAGACCUUGGGACCGACAACAUUUUUAAGUGCUCAGACCUAAGAGAUCGCACCGAGUUGGGUGGAUUCAACAACUCAGAGAGGUAGGCAGGGGAAAGAUUGUGCAGCGAUUUAUACACUAAAACAAGUAUUUUAAAAUCCACUCUAAGCUUAACCGGGAGCCACUGCAACGAAAACAGAACGGGGAUUAUAUGCUCAAAUUUGCGUGUCCCAGUCAGUAGCCUUUAACAAUGACAGAUAGAAAAGCAACACUCAUAUACCUCCAUUACUUUUACAGUAGGUCUAUAUAUAUAUAUAUAUAUAUUUCAUUUUGAAUA